UCAUGUUUUGUUGAGUUGUGGCACAGCGUGACAGUCAUCAGCUCUCUGCAGUCUUCAGACUUUAACUGAAAGUUUGAUUUAAUGGGAAACUUUUGGUCAGUUUAACACUUUGCCUAAAGUGAUAAGUGCGUUUCAAACUUUACAUCAUGUCCAGCAAUAUGUUGGUCAAAACCCUGGAGGACCUCAGCCUGGAUUCGGGCUAUGCUGCUGGGGACCUCAGCGUGUCCUCCUCCGGUAGAUCAAGGCAGUCUCAGCCGAACACGAGCACUCCUCAUCGGGGUACCUGGUGGCAGCACGCCGGCAGCUGGGACACGGUGAGCUCACUGCCGGAGGACGCGGUGGACAUCCUAGCCAAGUGUCCCUGCCUGCCCGAGCUAGAGGAGUGUCCCUGGACCGAGAGGGAGCUGCGGGGAAUCAUGCUUCGAGUCGCCGGCUCCUCGUCGUCUUUUACCGGUGAGGCUGUCCACCGCUUCUCCGCUCUGCUCCGGAGGGCUUUGGUGCGCGUCUCCCGGGAGGCGCAGCGGCUCAGUGAGCGCCACAGGCGGUGCACACGCCUGGAGGUGCAGAGCGCGGCGAGGCUGGUGCUGAGCUGGAGUCUGGCCGAGAAGUGCGUCUCCUCCGCGGUGAAGGCUGUGUCCCUGCACUGCAUGAGCUCCGGGGACACCGCGCGUCAGAGGAGCAAGUCCGCGCGCUGCGGGCUCACGCUCUCCGUGGGCCGCGUCUUCAGGUGGAUGGUGGAAACACGCGUCUCGGUUCGCGUGCAUGAGGACGCCGCCGUGUGCCUCACAGCCUGCAUGGAGAGUUUGAUGGAGGAGGUGGUCGGACGGGCGCUGAAAGCUGCGAGGCUGACCGAAGAGGAGGAGGAGGAGGAGGAGGAGGAGGAGAGCACCUGCUGCCCGGUGACCGCGGAGCUGCUGGAGGGAGCCGUCAACAACGACGCAGAGCUGUGGGGGCUGCUGCAGGUCUACGAGCAUCUGAUAUGUGGCAAAAACGCCAACGGUGAGCUGUCGCUUCCGGCUCAGGUCAGCCCGUACCCGAAGGUUCCUGAGGAUUCGAUGGAGAGCAGGGAGGAAGCCUAUGUCCAUCUGGAGCUGAGAACACUGGAACAGGCCCUCCUCGCCACCUGUGUGGGCAGCAUCGCCGAGCUCAGUGAUCUGGUGUCCCGAGCGAUGCACCACAUGCAGCGUCUGCGCAGCUCAAUACCCUUCAUCAGCCCGGCUCGCUCGGCCAAUCAGACGUCAGUAUCCUGGGCCCCUGACGCCCUCCGAACACUCUACUACUUCCUGUCCAGCCCACAGAUGGAGUCACUGGAAAACCCCAACCUGGAGCCUCCGACCAUGACGCUGAGCAGAGAGAGGCCGUUCCUGCUCCUCCCUCCUCUCAUGGAGUGGAUCAGAGUCGCCGUGGUGCACGCUGAACAUCGCCGCAGCCUAUUGGUGGACAGUGACGAUGUCAGACAGACCGCCAGGCAGCUCCUCCCAGGACUGGACUGUGAGCCCAGACAGCUGAGGUCGGCGUGCUGUUUCCAGUCGCUGAAGUGUUUGGACGCAGAAGCUGCUUCUGCAAAGUUCCAGCUCGAUCUGGGCUUCCGGAUGCUCUCGUGUGGUCGAGCCGAUCUGGUCCAUCAGGCCGCUCAGCUUCUGGGAGCCGAGGGGGUGAACGCCUCAGACGACCAGGGGAUGACUCCACUGAUGUACGCCUCUGCAGCCGGAGAUGAAGCUCUGGUUCAGAUGCUCAUAGAGGCCGGAGCUCACCUGGACCUGCAGGUCCCGGGCUGCUCUUCCAGACACCCGUCGCUUCACCCCGGCAGUCGUCGCUGGGUGGCUCUGACCUUCGCUGUGCUGCACAGUCACCUGUCUGUGGCUCAGCUGCUGUUGGAGGCCGGAGCAGAUGUGGAGGGAGGAGCUCUGCUGGACGGUCAGGAGAGCUCGGCCGAGACGCCGCUGCAGCUCGCCGCUGCUGCAGGUCACUACGAGAUGGUGAGCCUGCUGCUCACCCACGGAGCAGACCCUCUGCUCAGAGUGCAUCAUGGGAAUUCACUGAUGUCUCCGCUGUACGAGGACAUGAACUGCUUCAGCUACGCCGCAGCACAUGGACACAGGAACAUCCUGAGGCGGCUUCUGCUGCAGCCGCAGCCCAGGAAGGAGGACAUCCUGUCUCUGGAGGAGAUCCUGGCUGAAGGAGUAGAGGAGGACUGUGGAGAAGAAACCGGAGCUCCUGAAACACAGAGUCCAGUCCCCCGGCUGUGUAAGGCGCGGAUGAAAGCCCUGCAGCAGGCGGCGUACUACAGCGCAGAGCACGGUUACCUGGAUGUAACCCUGGAGCUCAGAGAGAUGGGUGUUCCCUGGAGGCUCCACACCUGGCUGCAGAGUCUGCAGAGAGCCGAGCAGCUGAGCAGGGACAGAGUCAUCGUCUCGCUCCUCUCAGAGUUCUCCUCCAUCAGGACGGACGAUUACGGCCCCGAGCUCCUCUCGUCAGGCGUACCGCUCAUGUUCAGCAUGCUGGAAACCAGUAAGGAUUACGUGAUAACGAAGCGUCUGGCGUCCGUGUUCUCCCUCUGUUACGGCGUCUCUCCCGUUCCUCCGAUCCCUCCGCUGGACGUCACUCUGUCCACGCAGCUCGAUAUUCAGUUCCUGAACAACCCGGAGAUGUCCGACGUGACCUUCAUGGUGGACGGGCGUCCGUUCUUCGCUCACCGGGUGCUGCUGAUGUCGGCGUCUGAACGGUUUCGACAGAUGCUCUGCGAUUCCCCCGAUGACAUCAUCUACAUCAGUCACAUGACCUACAGCACGUUCCAGACGAUGAUGACGUCUCUGUACUGUGGAGGAACAGAGGGGCUGACUGUGUCUCCGUCUGAGGCCGUGCAGCUGUUCCCCGUGGCGUCCUUCUUCCAGCUCAGAGGUCUGCAGAGGAGCUGUGAGACGAAGCUGUCGCAGAGCGUCACCGUGGACAACGUCGUCAACAUUUAUCAGACUGCAAAGCACCACGGAGCCGCUGAGCUCUGCAGGUUUUGUGAGGGAUUCUUCCUGCAGAACAUGGACCGGCUCCUGGACCGGGAGGACUUUCACCGCCUGCUUCUGGGCGGACUCUGUCAGGAGCUGCUCCGCCCCGGCAUGGACCAUGGCAAAGACCAGGACCCGGUGCCUCUCGUCAGGACUUUAGAGGAAACAUUAAUCCACAGACUGAACGGACUCCACUCUGCAUGUCGAGAGUAACACUCACACUGACAUCUGUGUGUGUGUGUGUUUGGGAAAAGAGCCAUUUAGGUUGUUACCACGUGUUUUAAUCCCAACAUUUCCCUUGUUUUUCUACAAUUUAGACUGUGUGUAGGAAUCAACCGGCUAUUUUUGAGAACAAGAAAUGGUGUCUUAAGCCCUAUGUGCACGGGAUCAGUAUAACCUAUUAAGUAAAACUUCCAGAGUAAUUUACUGAGCAUAUUUCAGCACACACAGAGCUUCUCUGAUGAUGAUUCUGGCCGAAUCGGCGUCUCAGUAAUUUGGGGCGGAACAUAGUUUUUAAGGAAGGUUUCUGCGACAUUACGGAGGCUGUGCUGCAGAUUGAGGGCUAAAAUAAUCUUUGCACAGCAUUUAGGGUGCAAAUUCAGCCGGCUCAUCUCGCUACACAUUAUGAAGAUAUUUAUAAAUAUGUACAGUAUGCUCGUUGUUUGUUUGUUUGUAGACGUGUAAGUGUAGCGGAUGUGGACGGCUGCACGCUGUAAGGUGUGAUGCGGCCCUCAGAGACGAGGUGGUUAUCAUGCAGCGCCUCAACGUUUCCAAUCAGAAAUGUCAGUAAAUAGAAAUGAAAGUGAUGCUGAAGUGUAAAAUCCUGCAGUUCCUUGAGUGUCCACUAGAGGCUGGCUGCAGAAGCACAGGAAG